GUAAGACCCACUUCAAAAACCCACAUACCCAAUUGAGUUUAACCUUAGAACUGGACAAUCACUGUGACUUUGUUUUGAAAUCGAGCAAAAAAUUUCCUCCUGGAAUCGACAAUGUUUGUCGAAUCCUCUUCCAUGCCAGCUCCUGAUCUUUCCUUACACAUUAGCCCUCCUAAUAGUGCUCCUUCUUCCAUGUGCAAUGGCAACAACAAACCCGACAACCGGUUCGAUCUUUGGCGACAACCGGAAGGUCUAAGGUCCAACAGUGAUAGCUCAGUGAGGAUCGACUCACAGGCUUACACAGAGCUUUCACUAGCAAACCGAAGAAAUGGUUUGGAAUCUGACAACUGUUGGAGGAGAAACUUCACAAGAGGAAGUAAAGAAGAUGAAGCAGUGCAUCAAGAACAACCACAGCUUCUUCACAAUCUUAACAACAGAAACCGACUUAAUCCUGGGGCCUCACCACUCCAUGAUGUCUCAGAAGGAUUGAGACCAAUAAAAGGGAUUCCAGUCUAUCACAGCCGUUCAUUCCCUUUUAUGCCUCUGGAACAUUCAAGAGAGAAGGAUCCAAAGAUGUGUUUCUACCCAAUGUCGUCGUCUUAUCCUUCUUGGUCUUCAUCACCACCUUCUGCUUCUUCCUCUUGUUCUUCUGCUUCUCCUUCUACUCGUUUUCUAUCAGGAGGUUUAGACCCCAUGGCGGCAAUCUUAAACUCUGGACCCACCAACUCUUCUUCAUCGCCAACAGCUUAUCGGAUAGCAGCGGCUGCGUCAAAGUUUAAUGGGUUUUCGUCGGAUUCAUUCAAAUCUCAACAACUACACCAUCAAUACAACCUACACCAACACCACCUCCACCACCACCACCACCACCACCAGCAGUAUGGGAUGGGGCCUUCAGAGGGUUCUAAUGGGAUGAUUAGAUCAAGAUUCAUGCCAAAGCUACCGGCGAAGAGGAGUAUGAGAGCGCCGCGUAUGCGUUGGACAAGCACUCUUCAUGCUCGGUUUGUUCACGCAGUUGAGCUCCUUGGCGGACAUGAAAGAGCUACUCCAAAAUCUGUUCUUGAGCUCAUGGAUGUCAAAGAUCUCACAUUAGCUCAUGUUAAGAGUCAUUUACAGAUGUAUAGAACUGUUAAGACCACUGACAAGCCUGCAGCUUCCUCAGGCCAAUCAGAUGGGUCUGGAGAAGAAGAUAUCACGCCAACACCUGGUGAUCUUAGUUUACCAGGGUUAAUUGAUCAUCAAAGAGGAUCAUCAGAUGGAUCUAUACACAGAGACUCAGAUUACCCUUCUACCACUACUUUGUGGAGUAACUCUUCAAGUAGAGAAUCUUGGCUUCAAACUAAUUCAAGUGACAUGGAUGGGCAUAGACCUUCAACCUUUUCCUCCCAACAAAGAUCUUCACACCAAGUUGAGGAGAGCGACUUCAGCCGGUCGAAAAGCUUUCUAGGAUCCCAUUUGGACAUCAAGAAUCCUAACUUGGAAUUUACUUUAGGAAGACCGGGUUGGCAUGGUGAAGAGCAUGAUUGAAAUGAUAGAGAGGAUUUCCAUUAUUUUUAUGUUAGCAUCCUUGAUUGAAUACAUUAUUUUCAUGGGUGACAUUUAGGUAAUAUAUA